AUGUAUGCGCUUCUGACCCUGGCGAUUACUUGCCUGGGCUUGUGCGCUUUCCAAUACGCUAUACUGUCUGGGACGCAUGCUGCUCAUAUUGAAGCGCCAAACCAUGCGGAGCUCGCUUUCCGGAUGGGAGAACUCGUUGGCAAGCGUCGAAAUGGGUCUGAAGUAUGGGGCUCUCAAGACGCGUCUACGACACGCUUUGAUAACAGCUCUAUUCUGGAACAUCUGCAACUAGGCGAAGAACUAUCACUGGAGACUCCUUCGCUGACUGCUGUGCUUCCUGUCACGUCUGCGUCAAUAGCAAAACUCGAGGAGCGGCUUCACACCCUCGUCGAUCGCUCGGAUUACCUCACGGAGAUAAUACUAGUUCCAGAGGAAGCGCUACAGGCUGAAUGCAGGAAGAUCAUUCUGUCUGUCCUUUCUGCUGCUGAUCCAUUGAUUCAUGUCGAGCUCUCUAUGACUCCUUGGCUGACCGGAAUGGACAAGGACUCCGCUACUCUUCACGCAUCAAAACAGGCCACAACCUCGUUUCUCCUCGUUUCGGAUGAAGAUGGGCUCGAGAAUAUUGACGAACGCGGUCGAGACGCAUUGACACUGCUGUCGCCAUUCUCAUCGGCUGUUCCUAUCGGACCCCGAGGGGCGACGUCCGCUGGCACCGACUCCGCUUGUCUGUCGGCUUCCGAGAUACCUCAGCCUGCAGACUUCCUCCUUCCCCCGUUCGUUGCCCCUGCUCGCCUCUUUAUGUACCCCGGAUUCUACGCAGAGCGAAGCAGUAGACACAACAUCUGGAGGAUCUUCGGCAAAACAGUCUCCGAUUCUCGAAGUGAUGCUGUCGGCGGUUUUAUGGUUGGCUCCGACGUUGCUGGGUCUGGCUGGUGUCCUCAAGAGGGUGCGCUCGUGGCUUCAUCGAAUGAAGAGCACUCGACCAUCGUACAAGCAUCCACCGCACAAACAUCGGUUUCGGGUACUGAGAGCCGAGACUCGCUGGCGGCUGAUGAGCCUCUCUGGAACGAUGUCUGUCCCUCUGGGUUUGGCUCACUCGCCAUUCUUGUACGUUCCGCGGAUGACCUAGAGCAUCUCUCCUUGGCUGCUUGCCGACUGCAAAGCAACGGACAUACUCUGCAUAUCGCUGUUCUCGGCGACCCGCUCAUCUUGGAACCCCCUGGCCAAACAUCACCACUGUUUCCCCAGGAAUGUUCUCUCGCUUACCAUAAUUUGCGCGGCGAAGACGCAAUGAAAAGUGCGGCAAUGCUUCUCGCAUGGUUGGAUGGGCUGUCUUCACCGUCGGACGUCAUCAUCACUUCGCUCCCUAAGAAUUCGAUACUGGGGGCUACAUUGUCGCUUUCGCGAGAAGCUGAUGAUCGCAAGCCGACAAUCGUACAUAUCCCUCCCAGUGAUCUCCCAUAUUCUGACUGGGUUGGUUCACUCAGUCUUGAUGAGCUGCGAAACUGGCACAAACCAGAGGUCGCCAUCUCCGUUAUCACUAAUGAUCGACCGCAAUCCCUCUCACGGCUUCUGAACUCUUUGUCUCGCGCUCGCUAUUUCGGAGACGAGCUAGACAUUCGCAUCAACAUCGAACAAACGGCAGACUGGGAGACGCAGCAGAUCGUCAAUGAUUUCACCUGGGAUCAUGGCAGGAUGUUUCUUCAUCGCCGCAUCAUCCAUGGAGGUCUCCUCCCUGCUGUCGUGGAAUCGUGGUACCCGCAGUCAAACGACUCGUACGGCCUAAUCCUGGAGGAUGACGUAGAGCUAUCACCGUUGUUCUAUGGUUGGAUCAAACUCACUCUCCUUCGCUAUAGGUAUGGGCGUCCUGAGGAUGCGUCACCACAGCUCUUCGGAAUCAGUCUCUACCAGCAAAAGCACCUCGAACUACGACCGGAAGGGAGACAUCCCUUCAACGCUCGCAACACGUUCGCUUCCAAAGGCCGGAACGACCCAUCCACGCCAUACCUCUCGCAAAUCCCUUGUAGCUGGGGGCAGUCUACUUCCCGGAACAUUGGCGCGAGUUCCAUGCCUACCUCUCCUUCCGGCUGUCUGAUUCCUGGAGUCCGAUCAAACAAAUGGACGCGGUCGUGGAAGAAAUACUUCAUCGAGCUUGCCUAUUUGCGUGGAUACCUCAUGCUCUAUCCCAAUUACGCAGACUACGUCUCGCUAUCCACGAACCACCUCGAAGUCGGUUCGCAUGUCAAGGACGUCCCCAUCGAGACUUAUCUGCGGAAGAAGAGGCUCUUCCUCCUACCUCUCAUGCCCUUACCAGAGCCUACUCGGCACAGCUCCACUGGCCUCCUAGAUCUCCCGCAGGGGCAACUGCCCUUAUGGACAGAUCUGCCUACUCUCGAUCUUCUUGGCCUCGUCGCAUCCGAAGAGACACUCCAGGAACGUGGUCGUGUACGGAGAACUGAGCUGACGGGCUGUGAAGACCUCCGCAUGGGCAACACGACGUCUGGGAUCUUCUAUGCCUCCGUGAUCCGCUUCUCGGUCUACAAUGAUUCAAUAUUUCCUUGA